AUGAUGCCAUGGCUAAGAGGAUGGGUCCUCAAGGUGCUGAGAAAUGCCCAGGGAUUCUGUGGGCCUCACGGGCAGCAACCACCUCUCCCUGACCCUCAGAAAAUUGUGGCCACCUGGGAAGCCAUCAGCCUGGGGAGGCAGCCAGUGCCUGAGUACUUCAACUUUGCCCAUGAUGUGCUGGACAUGUGGAGUCAGCUGGAAAAGGCUGGGCACCGGCCCCAGAUCCCCGCAUUCUGGUGGGUCAAUGGCAAGGGAACAGAGGUCAAGUGGAACUUUGAGGAGCUGGGGGAGCAGUCCAGGAAUGUGGCUAAUGUGCUCCAGGACAUGUGUGGCCUUCAGCCUGGGGACAGGAUGAUGCUGGUGCUCCCACGGCUCCCAGAGUGGUGGCUGGUCAGCAUGGCAUGCAUACGGACAGGGGCUGUCAUGAUCCCAGGUGUCUCUCAGCUGACGGAGAAGGACCUCAGAUAUCGGCUGCAGGCGUCCAGGGCCAAGUCCAUUAUCACCAGUGACUCCUUGGCUCCGCAGGUGGACGCCAUUAGCGCCGACUACUGUCCCUCCCUCCAGUCCAAGCUACUGGUGUCAGACGGCAGUCGGCCAGGCUGGAUGAACUUCAGGGAACUCCUCCAUGAGGCAUCCACAGAGCACAACUGUGUGAGGACCAAGAGUCAAGACCCUCUGGCCAUCUACUUCACAAGUGGCACCACUGGGGCCCCCAAGAUGGUUGAGCACUCCCAGGCCAGCUACGGACUGGGUUUUCUGGCCAGUGGAAGACGGUGGGUGGACUUGACCAAAUUGGACAUCUUCUGGAACACGUCUGACACUGGCUGGGUAAAGGCAGCUUGGACCCUCUUCUCUGCCUGGUCUAAUGGAUCUUGCAUUUUUGUGCAUGAGCUGCCCCCAGUCGAUGCCAAGAUUAUUCUGAAUGUGCUGUCCAGCUAUCCAAUCAACAGCAUGGUAGGAGCACCCAUUGUUUACCGGAUGUUGGUACAACAGGAUCUUUCUAGGUACCAGUUUCAGAGCCUGAGGCACUGUUUGACUGGAGGAGAGGCACUGAAUCCUGAUGUGAGAGAGAAGUGGAAGAGCCAGGUGGGCCUGGAGCUGCAUGAAGGCUAUGGCCAGUCUAAAACAGUUUUAAUCUGUGCCAAUUCAAAAGGCAUGAAAAUCAAGUCUGGAUCCAUGGGGAAAGCAUCUCCACUUUAUGAUGUGCAGAUCAUGGAUGAUGAGGGCAACAUCCUAUCUCCAGGAGAAGAGGGGAAUAUUGCUGUCCAAGUCAGGCCCACCCGGCCCUUCUGUUUCUUCAGUUGCUAUUUGAACAAUCCUCAGAAGACAGAGGCAUCAGAACGAGGGGACUUUCACAUCAUGGGGGACCGAGCCCACAAGGACAAGGAUGGCUACUUUUGGUUCACAGGAAUAAAUGAUGAUGUGAUCAAUUCCUCAAGCUACCGGAUUGGGCCCGUUGAAGUGGAAAAUGCCCUUGCUGAGCACCCUGUUGUUCUGGAGGCUGCUGUGGUCAGCAGCCCAGACCCCAUCAGAGGGGAGGUGGUGAAGGCAUUUAUUGUCCUUUCUCCAGCUUACUCCUCUCAAGAUCCUAAGAAACUAACCCAGGAGCUCCAAGAGCAUGUGAAAAGGGUGACCGCUCCAUACAAGUACCCCAGGAAGGUGGCCUUUGUUUCAGAAUUGCCCAAGACGGUUUCUGGAAAGAUCCAAAGGAAUAAAUUGAGAAGCCAAGAGUGGGGGGAGUUGAGAGGCAACCCCCAAAAGGCCCGAUAGGCCUCUGAAGCUUCUAAGAGGAACUGUUGGGAUCACUGGUUAGUCCUUGUUUGGAGCAUCAUCCCUUCAACCCUAUGGACAUCAAAGGCUUUCAGUUUCAAAUGGGCAUCUCCAAAAUCGCUGGGAGGAGCCUGGAAGAGAGUGGAAGAAUGUCACUAGCCCAGAGUGCACAGCCCCUGCCAGUCUAGCAUAUGUUUGAUGCCUUGACUUCCCCCUCCUCUCUCUGAAGGCAACCUCAGCAGCUGAUGCUCUGAAGGACAGGUCACCAUAAAGUCAGGGCUCCUGUGAUCUCAUUCACUGCCGGUCAUUCAGGGCCGGUGGGGGUGUAACCACUUGAUCCUUUUGAUAAAGCCAUUUGAUAAUCAUAUCCAGGGCCAUGAAAAAUUGGUCCUACCCUUUUGCUCAGAAAUUCCAUCUUUGGUAAUCACUACAAAAGACAGGAUUCAAGGAUAUUUACUUGAACAUUGUUUAAAACUGUA